GCCUGUACAAAUUCAAUCUGUGUAAUCUAAAAUGGCAUACUCAACCACCAAGCUUCUUAGCUUAGUCCUCUUCCUUGCCCUGAUUUCUCAAGGCUACAGCGAUUGUUCCUUGAAAGACAUUCAUGUAAGCCAGUUUCUACCUGGAGCUAAAGUGGAGGGAAAGCCAGAGUGGCAAGUAAAUGUCAGCAGCAUGUGUUCAUGUGCUCAAUCAUUGACAUUGAAUUGCACUGGAUUUCAAUCUGUAAUACCCAUUAACCCUUCAGUUUUGAAAGUAUCGACCACCUCUGGUACUUGUUUGGUUAAUGCUGGUCGACGUAUCUCUGCAACUGUUGUCAAAUUCAAUUAUGCUUGGGACCAACCAUUUCAAUUGAAUCCAAUUCAUGUAGAACCCUGUUCUUAAAUAUACAACCAAACUUUUUCUUUAAUAAAAAUCUUUAUAUAUGUCAUUUCUUGUGGCUUGCUUCACCAGCAUUGUAAUUCCUCAAUACAAC